GUCACUACUUGCUGUCAGUCUUCACUAUCGAGGCCCGUUUUAGCUAGAUUCUUGUUAAUAAAACUCAGAGUGAUAGCCAGCAUUACACACAGCACCGUCUUCGUUAGCGCAGGCAACCAAAAUAUAGGAACCAUGCCCGAAAGGAGGCCCUUCGUACGGUUACCUACUGACGUUUACCCCGUCAACUAUGGGUUGUGUUUGAAGCCUGACCUGAUCGACUUCACGUUCGAAGGCAAGCUGGAGGCUUUGGUGGAGGUUACACAAGCUACAAAUCAGAUUGUGAUGAACUGUGCUGACAUCGACAUCAUCACAGCUUCCUUUGUACCACAAGGAGGAGAAGAGGUUGGUGCUACAGGGUUUAACUAUCAAAAUGAGGAUGAGAAAGUCACCCUUUCAUUUCCUAGUGCUCUACAGAAAGGUUCCGGCACGUUGAAGAUCGACUUUGUCGGGGAGCUGAACGACAAAAUGAAAGGAUUCUAUAGAAGUAAAUAUACAUCUCCUACUGGAGAGAUUCGCUACGCUGCUGUCACACAGUUUGAGGCCACGGAUGCUCGCAGAGCUUUCCCCUGUUGGGAUGAGCCAGCUAUCAAAGCCACCUUUGACAUCACUUUGAUAGUUCCCAAGGACCGAGUAGCCUUGUCAAAUAUGAAUGUCAUUGAUCGAAAGCCACACCCAGAUGAUGAGAACCUUGUGGAAGUCAACUUUGCCACCACGCCCAUCAUGUCCACUUACCUUGUAGCUUUUGUCAUCGGUGAAUAUGACUAUGUGGAGAGCCAGUCAUCAGAUGGCAUCACGGUACGCGUCUAUACACCAGUGGGAAAGGCAGAACAAGGGAAAUUUGCACUGGAGGUUGCAACAAAGACCUUACCAUUCUACAAAGACUACUUCAGUGUUCCUUAUCCAUUGCCUAAAAUUGAUCUCAUAGCUAUUGCUGAUUUUGCUGCUGGUGCCAUGGAAAACUGGGGCCUUGUUACCUACAGGGAGACGGCAUUGCUGAUUGAUCCGAAGAACUCCUGCUCAUCCUCCCGGCAGUGGGUGGCACUGGUGGUCGGACAUGAACUCGCCCACCAGUGGUUUGGAAACUUGGUCACUAUGGAAUGGUGGACCCAUCUGUGGCUCAACGAGGGAUUUGCAUCCUGGAUCGAGUAUCUGUGUGUGGACCACUGCUUCCCUGAGUACGACAUCUGGACCCAGUUUGUCUCGGCCGACUACACCCGCGCUCUGGACCUGGACGCACUGGACAGCAGCCAUCCCAUAGAGGUGAACGUGGGCCAUCCAUCAGAAGUAGAUGAAAUCUUUGACGCCAUCUCCUACAGCAAAGGAGCAUCAGUGAUCCGCAUGUUGCACAACUACAUCGGAGACGAGGACUUUAGGAAAGGAAUGAACGCCUAUCUUUUGAAGUUCCAACAUAAAAAUGCAUCAACAGAGGACCUAUGGGACUGUCUGGAACAGGCCAGUGGGAAACCGAUCGCUGCAGUGAUGGGCUCAUGGACCAAGCAAAUGGGCUUCCCCAUAAUAGUGGUCGACCAGGAACAGCAAGGUGAUGACUGCAUCCUCAAGAUAUCGCAGAAGAAGUUCUGCGCCAGUGGACCUCAUAAUGGAGAAAGCUGUCCCAGCUGGAUGGUCCCGAUUAGUAUUUGUACCAGCGAGGACCCCAGAUGCACCAAGCUCAAGAUUCUGCUGGACAGACCGGAGACCUCCGUCACUCUGAAUGGUGUUGGUCCAGACCAGUGGGUCAAGAUCAACCCCGGCACCGUGGGCUUCUAUCGCAUCCAGUACAGCUCGUCCAUGCUGGAGAGUUUGCUCCCAGGCAUCAGAGACCUCAGCCUGCAGCCUGUGGACCGACUGGGACUGCAGAACGACCUCUUCUCCCUCUCUCGUGCAGGGAUGAUCAGCACAGUGGAAGUACUGAAGCUGAUGGAAGCCUUCGUCAAUGAGCCCAACUACACAGUGUGGAGUGACCUCAGCUGCAAUCUGGGAGUGUUGUCCUCGCUGCUGUCCCACACUGACUUCCACGAGGAGAUCCAGGAGUUCAUCCGCGACCUCUUCACUCCCAUUGGGCUCAAACUCGGCUGGGACAGCAAACCAGGGGAAGGUCAUCUGGAUGCUCUGUUGAGAGGUCUGGUUCUGGGGAAACUGGGUAAGGCAGGGCACAAACCCACCCUGGAAGAGGCCCGGCGGAGAUUCAAGGACCACGUGGAUGGCAAGCAGAUUUUACCCGCAGACCUGAGAAGUCCGGUGUAUCUAACAGUAUUGAAACAUGGAGACAGCGCCACACUGGACACAAUGCUGAAGCUCCACAAGCAAGCAGACAUGCAGGAGGAGAAGAAUCGAAUCGAGCGAGUGCUCGGUGCCAUCUCUGCCCCCGAUCUCAUCCAGAAAGUCCUCAACUUUGCCCUCUCGGAAGAGGUUCGUCCCCAGGACACAGUGUCAGUAAUCGGGGGAGUGGCAGGAAGCAGUAAACAAGGGCGGAAAGCUGCCUGGAAGUUUGUGAAGGAUAACUGGGAGGAACUUUAUAACCGCUACCAGGGAGGCUUCCUCAUAUCACGACUUAUCAAGCUCACAGUUGAUGGAUUUGCUAUUGAUAAAAUGGCGGCUGAAGUCAAGAGUUUCUUUGAGAGUCAUCCGGCGCCUGCGGCCGAGCGUACCGUGCAGCAGUGCUGUGAGAACAUCCUCCUCAACGCUGCCUGGCUCAAGCGCGAUGCAGACGACAUCCACCAGUAUCUACUCCAGCGCAAAGCACCCCCCGUCUGAACCGCCAACCCCGUUGUCCCCAACCCCGCCCCGCCCCACCCCUACCCACCCCCACUACAGACCGGAGCGGGAGACCAGAGGGUACUUUGCAGCAGGCUUCAAACAAGAAGACAAAGCCAAGAAUUUACCAGUGCGUUGGAAACACAGACUCUUUUUACGUUAACAAGCAAAAUCCAUUUUAGUCAGACCAGGAAUGUAGUUUUACCCCCAUUCUGUCCACGAGCAGGCGAGCCGAUCUGUUAGUCGCACAAACACCGCGACUCUCGACGCGUUCGCCAACCCUGCUAACGCGCUCACAUGACCCAGCCCGUAGGCACGCCUUCAUCCACCCCUGCGUUGUAGCUGAGAAAACUGUGAACCCUGUCCUCUCCUCCCUUUGUCCUGCUGUCAGCCAUUCAGAAUGCAUGAAGUGUUAUUUUUCUUUUUUCCUGUAUUUGUUACUUUAAUUACAUCAGUCAGUCCUCCUUGCUUUGAUACUCUCCCACAUCCUUGCUUUUUUUAUUUUUAUUUUUCCACACGCUGAUUUAGGUAGAAGCAGAGGGCACCUGGGCAGAAUGGGGUUAAUAAUAGUAGUGUGUGUUGUAGUUUCCAACAGCACUGAUUCUCCAUUGCUAAUAAACAGUUAGGACGAGGCGAGCAGCGCUAGCAUGGUACUACGUAUAUUGUAAACUGUAUAGUGCAAGCAUUAUUUUAUUUUUAAAUUGUUCUUUUUUUUUUGCUUAUGUUCCUAGCAAAGAAUGAAAUGAAAAGGUUUGUGGAUACCUGUUUCCACUCCGACCAGUAUCCCCCCCCCCAAAGGAAAAAAAACACCCACCCGUCGAGCUCUGUUUGUGUAGAGCGGAGUUUGUGUCGUUAAAAUCAUCCACAGAUUCGUUCUCUUCCUCCCACAAUGAAAACGAAGAUCCAGGCGUGUUUUAACAGAACGGCAGUGAUUUAUUUAAAUGUUGCGAUAAUCCUGUUAUCCAAGGACAAGGAAAGAAAAAGAUCACAACACUACUUCCCGGGGCCUUUCCUUUUCCGAAGUAACAUCCUGAAACACCUCUUCAUAGGGUUGAGAGUCCAGCGAGGCCCAGUUCGGACUUUGCAGGUGUUGACACUUCGACCCUGCUGUGGACCUUGGAAGCCUUAAACUGGUUGACUGGUUUGCAGUAAAUAUUCAACACUGAAGUGGUGAUCAUAGGUGACUUCCACAUAACCGUCAAAUGUAUCUAAUAUGACAGAUUAUACAGACUUGUUGAACGAGUAUAUCUUAUAGAAUUUACAAUUUGAUGUGUUUUUUUGGAAACAUACCAACGAGUCGUCUAACCUGUUGUCGAGACCCCCCCCCCCCACCCGCUCCCCGCAGAACAUUUGUUUUAUUUUUAUUUU